AGAGCUGUUGGAUCAAAUUGUGUUGUUAUUGUUAGUUCGAUAUAUGUUUUUAGUAAUAAGUGAAUUGAAAACUUUCUGAACAUUCUUUCAAAGUGUGAUCAAACCGUUCGAAAAUUUUUAUUGAAUUUAAAUGACAAAUCGUGUAAGCAUUGUUACAGCAGCAAUAUUUUUCCUCGAGUGUCGGUCGGUAAAGUAUAAACAAAAUCAUCUGUGAACAAAGUUUUGUGUAAACAAUUCGUGAUAAGAAUGUGGUAUAAUAAUUCGCAUAAUUGAAAACAAAACCAAAGUGCUUGUAUCAAAUGAUUGCAGAGGAACGUUUAUUUCAAACUAUUCCCGUCAAAAAGGCUAAAGGAUAUUGUCGCAUAAUGCGCUAAAUCAAUACCAUCAGACGGGGCUACUGCUACCCUGUUCAUCAUAUAAAUGGAAUAAUUUACGGUAUACACUCGAAUACAGUGCAUAAAUAAGUCACAAAAGCAAUCAACACAUUUGCCAAAAAUCAAAGCAAUAAACAAACCUACACCAAAAUGCUGAUAAAAGAGUAUCGAAUACCUCUGCCACUCACCGUCGAAGAGUAUCGUAUAGCUCAAUUGUAUAUGAUUGCUAAAAAGAGUCGUGAAGAAAGUAGUGGUGCAGGAAGUGGAGUAGAAAUUUUAAUGAAUGAACCGUACGAAAAUGGACCGGGCGGAAAUGGGCAGUACACUAGGAAGAUCUAUCACAUUGGCAGCCAUUUACCCGGUUGGAUCAAAGGCUUGUUGCCGAAGAGUGCGUUGACUGCCGAAGAGGAAGCAUGGAAUGCGUAUCCGUACACAAAGACGCGAUACACUUGUCCAUUUGUGGAAAAAUUCUCAUUAGAAAUUGAAACAUACUAUUUUCCGGAUGACGGUCAUCAGGACAAUGUGUUCGAAUUGUCUGGAAGUGAUCUUCGCAAUCGAGUUGUUGACAUAAUCGACAUCGUACAAGAACAAACAUACACUGCCGACUACUCCCGAGAUGAGGAUCCCAAAUUGUUUGUAUCAGAAAAAACCGGUCGUGGCCCACUGGCUGAUGAUUGGCUGAGUGAGCAUUGGAAAGAGGUCGAAGGAAAAACUCAGCCAACAGCAAAAAAUAUGUCGCUCAUGUGUGCAUAUAAAUUGUGUCGUGUCGAGUUUCGCUACUGGGGCAUGCAAACAAAAUUGGAAAAAUUCAUUCACGAUAUUGCAUUACGUAAAACAAUGUUUCGUGCACAUCGGCAAGCGUGGGCAUGGCAAGACGAAUGGCAUGGUAUGACAAUGGAUGAUAUUCGAGAAUUGGAACGACAGACGCAAUUAGCAUUACAGAAGAAAAUGGGCGAUGGCAGUAUUGGCGAUGAGGAUGAUGAUCCAAGUACAUCGGAAGCCGAACAGGCCAGCAAGCAUUCCAAACAAAUGAGUUCCAUUGAAAAAACCGACGAGACACCGAUGUUUCCGAAGAAAUUACCUCCGCCACUGCUGAAGCAACAGCCGCCCAGUGCUGAAAGUUCAGAUGCCGACGACGAUGAAUUUGUCGACAAUAGUAUGCGAACGGAACGAUCCGAUAGUCAUCAAUUGGCGAGAACGAGGCACGGAUCCAAGGGUGCGCUACAUUCUCCGAUCGGAUCCACGCAUAGCUUCGAUCUGCAGCCUGCGAAAAAUAACGCUAUAUCGACGAGUGUUGUUGCCAAUUGGAGAAUGGAGAAACUAGAAGUGGAUUCGAAAUCUGGUUCGGAAGAGGAAUUUUUCGACUGUUUGGCAAAAGACGCUGUUGCACGUAAUGACAUGGGCGAAUCGACAUCAUUAGCCAAAUGGAGUUCGCUAGAACUACUUGCCGAAGAAGACGAUAGUUCACCUCCAGCCACCCAAAAUAGAGAUGAUACCAUUUUCAGUCAUUCAUUCCUUCAACGUGUAGCAUCCGAACGUGGUUCACGACGACCGACACUCGGCACCACAGCAAGUAUUGAUCGUAGUGGCCCGCAGGAUUCUCCACCAAGUUCGCCCGGUCUACCAUCCUGUGCUACAUCCGUACUAGUUUUAGUAUUCCAUGCCGGUAGUGUUCUGGAUGCCUGCACUGACAAAACAUCAAAAAAAUCGGAUGUGACCACAUUCCGCGGUGCAUUCGAAUCGGUUAUGCGACAACAUUAUCCAUCAUUAGUCGGGCAUCUUGUCAUUAAGUUGGUGUGUUGUCCAGCUGUUUGUACAGAUGCACUGGGUAUAUUGUCGAGCCUGAGCCCAUACUCAUUUGACACAUCGCCGUCAUCGGCUGAAAUUCCAAACAUGACUGACGUUCCAAUCGGUGCUAUUCCACUACUAGCAACAUGCACACCGGAAUUCCAAGAUGCUGUGAACAGGACUGUUGCCAGCGCCAAUGUUUGUUAUGCGGAAUUUUUGAAAUCGGAAGAGGGUCGCGGAUUCAAUGGACAAGUGGCAGUUAUUGGUGAUUCUAUGGGCGCUGUUCUCGCACAUGAUGGACUAUGUCGUACAACAACCGGUCGUCAUGGCAGCGAAGCGUCCGGUCUUGAUAUUGACGAUCAUUUUCUCGAUAAUGAACUGGAUGCCAGCAAAUUAUUAACGGCUCCGUCACCGCGACGACGAUCGUCUUCCACGAGUGAUUCACGUCUUCCAAAAUUCGACUUUGAAGUGGGAGAUUUCUUUAUGUUCGGUAGUCCAUUAGCAGUUAUAUUAGCAGCGAGAAAGUUGAACGACAGCAAAAUUGGUUGUGCUAAGCCCCACUGUACACAAGUCUACAAUUUAUUCCAUGGCACGGAUCCAGUGGCCAGUCGCAUGGAACCAUUACUCAGUGCUAGAUUUUCGAUGCUUCCACCGGUGAAUAUUCCACGAUACGCAAAGUAUCCGCUGGGUAACGGACAACCAUACCAUUUGCUUGAACUCAUCCAAACAAAUCCGCAAAUGUUCAAUGACGGUCAGCAUAGGCGAUCAUCGGAUGUGUCUAUGCAAAGUACCGUGUCAGGUCUCAUUGACAACGUACCAAUAACGACAAUCACUGCUCUCCAACAACGCUGGUGGGGUUCCAAACGUCUUGACUACGCUCUCUACUGCCCGGAUGGAUUAAGCAAUUUUCCGUCACAUGCUCUGCCGCAUCUAUUCCACGCGUCGUAUUGGGAAAGUUCCGAUGUGAUUGCUUUCAUUUUGCGUCAGCUCGGUCGCUUCGAUGCAAACAUUCUGAUUGGCAACGACAACAAAGAAAUCUCUUCAUUCCGUCCAGGACAGCCACGCGAGAAAUGGAUACGAAAGCGAACCUCGGUGAAAUUGAAAAACGUUACCGCAAAUCAUCGGGCGAAUGAUGUACUGUGCAGGGAAAGCGAACCGCAAAAACUAUGCGCUCGGUUUAUGUACGGACCGUUGGACAUGAUAACACUGGCUGGCGAAAAGGUUGAUAUCCAUGUGAUGAAGGAACCUCCUGCUGGAGAAUGGUUUCACAUUGCCACUGAAGUCACCGACAAAAAUGGUCGGAUCAUUUACACCAUACCGAAUGAUAAGUCGCUCGGCUAUGGCAUCUAUCCGAUUAAAAUGGUUGUGCGCGGUGAUCACACUUCCGUGGACUUCUACUUAGCAGUGAUACCGCCUCGGACAGAGUGUGUUGUUUUUAGCAUAGACGGUAGUUUCACAGCUUCAAUGUCGGUAACUGGUCGAGAUCCGAAAGUACGAGCUGGUGCCGUAGACAUAUGCCGUCAUUGGCAGGAAUUGGGCUAUUUAUUGAUUUAUGUAACCGGACGGCCAGAUAUGCAACAGCAACGAGUUCUGUCAUGGCUGAGUCAACACAAUUUUCCCCAUGGCCUAGUCUCAUUUGCCGACGGCCUGUCGACGGAUCCUCUCGGCCACAAAACGGCUUACCUAAAUAAUCUCAUUACGAAUCACGGCGUACUGAUUCAUUCAGCGUAUGGCAGCAGCAAAGACAUUGUCGUUUACACAAACAUUGGCAUGAAGGCGAAACAAAUUUACAUUGUCGGAAAGGUGAGCAAAAAGUUGCAAGCAAAUGCAACAGUAUUGACGGAAGGGUAUGCCUCGCAUCUGAACAUUUUGAUGGCGCAUGGUGGUUCGCGACCAGCUCAAGGCAAUCAACGUAUGGUCAUUCCGAAAGGUUGUUUCAACUUACCCGGACAAUCGGCGUCGAUACGUCGACGAAGAAUGCAUGAUCCGGAUGUGAACUAAAAACCGAAUAGAUCCAUGUUAACCACCAGAAACUAUAGUGCUCGACUAGUUUUUGUUUAACAAAACUGAAAAGAAAAAUUGAACAAACAACCGAAAAAAAAAACCAAAAUCCGACAAAUUGAAAUUUCUUGUAGCAAUGAAACGGUAUCGUCACCGAUUCACAGUGGAAUUAUGAAGCGAAAAUCAUUUCUGAGUCACAUUAAAUGAAGAAAGACAAAGUGGAACGAAAAACAAAACUGAAAAUGGAAAAUGAAUAUUUUUUACUCUCUUAUUUGACGCAUUGUCACAUGGUACCUGGCUAAGAAGACUGUUUUCUUUCCUGUUAUAUACUACAGAGAACUUAUUAACAAAAAA